AUUGUGUUCCUGUGCAGUCUUGAAUUGAUAAUUCCAAAAUGGUUGGACUGAGACCCUCUGACAUUCCUCCAACACCAGGUGUCAAAUUCAUAGGUGCAGGCACAGCUGCCUGUAUAGCUGAUCUCUUUACCUUCCCAUUGGACACAGCCAAAGUCAGACUGCAGAUUCAAGGAGAGUCAGCAGUGGCUGGAGUAGCGAAUGGCAUCCGAUACAAAGGAGUGUUUGGAACCAUAAGCACCAUCAUCAAGACAGAAGGUCCAAAGAGCCUGUACAAUGGGCUAGUGGCUGGCCUGCAGAGACAAAUGAGCUUCGCUUCCAUCCGAAUUGGUCUUUAUGAUACAGUGAAACUCUUCUACACCAAUGGGAAAGAGAGUAAGUCAGGCAUUGGCAGCAGGAUACUGGCUGGUUGUACAACGGGGGCACUGGCGGUUACUAUUGCCCAGCCAACAGAUGUGGUGAAAGUCAGAUUUCAAGCACAGGCCAACCUUAAAGGAACGAAGAAGAGAUACAGUGGUACUCUGAAUGCCUACAAAACCAUUGCCAGGGAAGAGGGCAUGAGAGGCCUUUGGAAAGGAACGUUUCCAAAUGUUACAAGAAAUGCAAUCGUCAACUGCACUGAGCUUGUGACCUAUGACCUGAUAAAGGAAGCUUUGCUGAACCACAAAUUAUUGACAGAUAACCUUCCUUGCCAUUUUGUGUCCGCAUUUGGAGCUGGCUUCUGCACCACUGUCAUCGCUUCCCCGGUGGAUGUGGUAAAAACCCGAUACAUGAACUCACCUCCUGGACAGUACAAGUCAGCCUUGAACUGUGCAUUGACCAUGAUCACCAAAGAGGGACCAACAGCCUUUUAUAAAGGGUUUGUCCCCUCUUUCUUACGACUGGGCUCAUGGAAUGUUGUAAUGUUCGUGUCUUACGAACAGAUAAAAAGAGCAAUGAUGAUGUCCAGACAAAGAGUAGAGUAUCCAGUGUGACAUCCACCACUGAAGAAGUGUGAAAACAAUAGAAAACCCAGAUCUUAUACUGGGAUCUGCCAUUCACUGACAUGGAAAUACACAGAUUGAUGAUGUAUGAAGGUCCCUGCCCACUAUGUCAUACAUGUAUGUGCUAGGAAUUGAAGGGAGUGACUGCAAACAAUAGCUCACAGCUCCACAUAUAUGACAAACAUACACUAUGCUUGAAUGCAUAUCUACCAUCUGUUCACUUUGUCUACUUGCAUGUGAAAUUUAUUGUGAUGUCAGUAUAUCACUCUAGGCAAGUGUACCUUGAGCAGA